AGGCUACAGACUUUACAGCUUGAUUAGCUCUGCCUUUUCGGCAGUCUACCUGUCCAGACUGCGCAUGCGCCAGAACACAACAGGCUCCUCCCCUCUGACAGUGAGCCAUGUGGCUAUCGUUGGUAAAUAAAUGCUAAAUGUUCACUUCCGCUUGAAUAUUCUGCGAAAGCUCUGUCCUCCUCAUUGCUGCCCCGGCGGACAUAAUGUCGGCGGGCGUCGUGAACUUGCAGGCGCAGGUGGAGUCGGUGCUGGGGGCGCUGGUCAAGGCGGCUUCUGUGGAGCUCGUCAAACUGUUCGAGAGCAGAUACCGAGCCUCGGCCGUGGAUGUGGGCCGCACCGGACCCGGAGGAGGGGGAGCGGAGCAAAGCGGAGACUUCGAGAGUCUGUUCUGUGUGUCGAGUUUGGACAGCAAACGCAGCAUCGGUGUUCAGGUGGAGGAGGACAUCUGUCCGCCGCUGGAGCUCGACUCCACUCUUCUCCAUGAUGUUGGGUGUUUCAGCGAUUCCAGUGAGCAGCUGGUGGAGGGGUGUGUCAUCACUGCCCCAGAGACCCUCCUGGAUGAAGACCCUCUUCGUGCCGACUGCGAGUGGGCGCCUCCGAAUGAGAUUUUUGCAGACACUGUGGAUCCAGUGGAGUCCAGCGUCCUUGAGCCCGAAUCUCCAGCUGCUCAGACAGAAAUGUUGAAUGAGACAAAUACUGAGACAUUGCUGUGCCAGUCAACCCAAAGUUCACCUGCUGAAUUAAAGCUUCUUGUGCUUAAACCAGAUCCAUAUGAGGCCUCCUCUGGGGAGAAGGUGAAGUUUGUUUGUCCGUUAAUCCUUAAACCUGACUCCAUCGUUCCCAAAGCCAACCUUUCAGAGAAGCCUGGUCAAGCUGAACCUCAGCAGGCCUGUGUCAGCACCGCCAAGGGCAGCGCUUACAGUCCGUCCCUAUCGGAUGGAGCGGUGACUCCCGCGCAGGUAGGGGUGUGGGAGUGGAUCCACACACCCAAAGGGACAAAGAACCACCUCCAGAUGAAACUGAAACUCAUGUCUAAAGAUCCGAAGCUGCUGCGUCCUUGUGCUGUACAGCUGGUGGAUGUUCURUCUGUCCCAGAGUCAGUGAUUGAAAGCAACCCCGGGAAAACUCAAACAGCCAGCCACAGCUCAGGCUGGCCUCCACCCAAAGACAUCCGUCGACAUCAGGGUCCUCACACGGGCCAUCGCCUCUGCUGCUUCACCCAGUGCGAGAACGGCAUCUGGCGCCUCCAGAAGAUCGUCACCCACUCCCGGGAUGGCUACGUCUGCAACCUGUGCGAGAAGGUGUUCAAGCGAAGGAAGAUUCUGCGUCGGCACGAGCGCUUCCACACGGGAGAGAGGCCCUACCCGUGUUCUACCUGCUCCAAGACCUUCGCCCUGAGGAAGAGCCUCCGGCGCCACCUGAGGUUCCACACCGGUGAGAGACCCCACACCUGCUCUCAUUGCAGCAAAAGCUUCCGCCUGCGAGACAACCUGAAGGCCCACCUGAGGUUUCACUCAGGGGAGAAACCUUUCAGCUGCCUCUCCUGUGGAAAGAUGUUCAGGAUCAUGAGGAACCUGGAGAAACACAAACUGAACCAGUGUGAAGCCUUUGUUCCUUCAUUUAGAGCGAUAGCUGGCCUGCAGCUGUGAUGGAGGGAAAAACCAGCUGGAAGUGGCAGCUAUAACCUGUGUCUACCUCACAGAGAAAACACUGAAUCACUGUCCUGUAAGCUGAAACCAGAACACUUAAAGCUACAACUGAGACAGAAGCUAUGAACCAUUCCAGGUGUGUGUUGCAACAAAUACAGAUUUUUCCUUAGAAAUAAUAACAAAGGUUGCAGUUUCAUGAACACUUUUCUUCCCGUUCUUUUUCCUUAGUUUUUACAUUCUUGUCAAAAACCCCUCGCCUGCUGAUCCYCAAGAGUACAAGGAUGGUGCAACGGUUCUGCUCAACACUACAAUCAAUCCGAUUUUUUUAAUGAUUAGUCUUUCUGAUACCGAUCCGAUAGCUUUAUUUCUUUAUUUCUUUCCAAGUGACAAGGUUGUUAGUAUUAAAGCGAGUCKUGCUGUUCCCACCAUGAGAACCAUCCAGUUUGCAUAUUUUGCAAGCUGCAGUUUCAGCAUCAUUGUUUUCCAUUGAAAAGUGUUCCCACAUUGUGGACAUGGUUGCGUACUUGUGUGCGUCAUGACUUCUUAACAGCAGUUGUAAAGCAUGAUGAUGCUGAAAACUGGAUCGGCCCGAUUACAUGACUAAAUCCGAUUCUACCCGAUUUUCAAAAAAUGGCCAUAUCUACCACCAAUACCGAGUAUCUGAUUGGGACAUCCCUACUCAAUACUUUAUAAACUCUGCRAAAAACUAGCGUUCAUUAAAAUACAUGAAUGUUUCUGCCUUUUAUGACUGUUUUUGAGAUCCUCUUGUGUUGCAAAAUAAUGGGAGUUGAUAUAGUUUUUUUUURCUUUUUUAUCUGUCACACUCUGAGUCUGUGUUGAGUGACUCUUGAAUACUACCACGUCAAAAUUUAGCUCAUCUGUUUAAUAUAAUUUUGUCGUUGCUAGGGGUAAUUAGCUGUGGCGGUCAUCUUGAUUUAAAUUAACUCUUAAAGUGAUGAACAAUUCAAAGAUACAUUGAAGUUCAUGAUGGUACAUGAAAUAUUUUGCUUACAAACGAACAAGACUGACUGCAACUGUUAAUGCUAAACUUAGGCAAAGAUUAUGACGUGAAAACACUGGAAAAAACAGACUGAAAAUUGCAGACAGGGCUACUGAUUCAUUUUCCAUAUUAAUAGCUUAACCUUUGUUUAAACACACCUGCUGUGUUGAGGACAAAGUGGAAAAUAAAGCAGCAGCCAUCAUUAUGUUUUCUCAUAAAGCUUUUCCACUUAAAGGGAUCCAUUAGACAUUAUUUGAUAAACAUAUAUUUUAACUGUAAAAUAAAUACUUUAAAAAUACUGUAG